AUGCGCCACAGCAUUGAAGAGCGACUCUCCGAGGCAGUGAAGGCCUUGCUGAAAGAACAGCCAGCUGAUCCAACGGCCUUCCUUUGCAAGCAGCUUACAGAUUGGGACCAGGUGACCCAGCAGCGGCGGCGCCGGAAGGGCCCGAGGCAUCGGAGUUGCCAACGGUCUUUGAGGACGAGUCCGUGA